GAGACGGUAGCGGAAGAGACGUGGCAAAAAUGCAACUGAGGAAAAGCUAACAAAAUAUUGAGGAAAACAUCUGUUGGGCUUCAUAUUGAUAUUCACAUUGCUGCGUGGUCGACCAGUAUUUUCAUCGAUAUAUUCAGUUUGACAGGCAGACUAUGGGUUUGUGCAAGUGCCCCAAGAGGAAGGUAACGAACCUGUUCUGCUUUGAACAUCGUGUAAACGUGUGUGAGCAUUGCCUUGUGUCCAAUCACAACAAGUGUAUUGUGCAGUCAUACUUACAGUGGCUACAGGACAGCGAUUACAACCCCAACUGCAGCCUGUGCAGUCAACCCUUAAACUCUCAGGAUACUGUGCGACUGGUUUGUUAUGAUUUGUUCCACUGGUCAUGUCUAAAUGAGCUGGCAUCUCGUCAGCCUCUCUACAUGGCACCUGCUGGUUACCAGUGCCCGACAUGCCAGGGUCCUGUGUUCCCACCCCCAAACCUGGCCAGUCCUAUUGCCGACAUGCUGAGAGAACAACUGUCCUCUGUCAACUGGGCGAGAGCAGGACUGGGCCUUCCGCUGAUUGAGGACCCACCAGAAAGGGAAGAAACCUCAUCAACACAAGAUGUAACGUGUUACUCUGACUGGAAAACUUUUGAAACCCCUGCAGUGGACAUGGCGAUCUCAGACCCCUCCUCUACCAGUCCACCGCCCCAUCAGGAUAUGGAGCACAUCCACCAUAUCCACAAUAAUGGCGAGCUGAGUGUCCAGAAUCACUCUGUCAUUAAUAUGAGCACCACCUCCACCACUGACACGAUAACUAUCAACACAGCUACUUCCCCAAGGAAGGUGUAUGACACACGGGAUUCUGGAAACACAGCAGUCAUGCAGAUUGACUUUGACGAUGAUAAAUACCGCAGACGACCGGCCCUUAGCUGGUUUGCCCAAGUCCUAAAGAAUCGCACGGGCACUAAGAAAAAGGCCCUUACACUGAAGCAGCGAAUCUUCAUGCUGUUGUUGGUCGGAGUGAUUGGUUUCUUCACACUCAUCAUCAUCAUGGCCAAAUUGGGGCGAGCCUCUGCUGAGGCAGACCCGAACCUGGAUCCCAUGCUGAAUCCCAACAUCCGGGUAGGCAACAUGUGACCGAUCCCCUUCCCACUUAGACUCAGUGUUUGGAUUCAGCCUGUGGUUUGGCUUUACUGGGAAAACAUGAACUGGAUGUGCUGGAGAGAGAAAGUUCCUCAGGAUGCUGGAACCAGCAUGAAGAUGCCUCCCUUUGGACUGUGGGAGGAGAGCGUGACGUACCAGUCUACCUGAGAGAAGCGAGAUUACCAGAAAGCUGGUGCAAAGGCUGUUAUACAACAAUUCUCUCAUUCCUCUUGAGUGAGAUGAUAUAGGCUCUAUUAAAGACUUGUUGUGAGUGCAACUGUGUUUCGUUUCAGUUCUGAAAUCCUCUUCUCGAACAUUGGGAUAAACGAUUUGCAGUGAGCGUGGAUGUUUUGCAGUCAAUCCUUUAAUUCUUCCUUACAUACAUAGAAUUCAUUGGGAUCAUUCAACGGAAGUGAACAGCAAGAGGAGGGUAAUUCCUUCUUUGAGAUUAUAUGGACAUGUGAGGUGUCAAAAACGUACAUUUUUAGUUGAUUGCAUUUUACUAAUGGCAGAUUCAAUUACCAGAUUUCCUGCUUGUGAAAAGUGCUCUGCAGAUUUUUCUUGUGUGCGGUUGACUGUAAAACAGAUUUACUAAAGCAUUUAGAGAACUGUUGGUUGAUUUCUUAGUUACUAAAUCUUAAAUCAGAUUACUAUACGGAUAGAUAUAUAUGCUAAAUGCUUUAGUAGAUACAGCCCGAUAGAUACAGAUGCAAACUGUACACAAGAUAAUUUCAACGGAGAAACGUCCAGGUCCAGGAACUAUUGUGUCAUUAUUUUCAUGACAACUGAACACAUUUUCUCCCCAAAUUCUCAUUAAUGUAAUGUGAGAAAAUCGAAUUCUCAGUUGUAAUACAAUAAUGAAAAUCAUCCUGUCGAUAUUUUUUAUUAAAAUUAGCAUUCAUUAAAAGCAGUACAACAAAUACAACCUUAAUGUGUACUACUUUCAAUUGAAUUUUGUAAAUGUACUUUACAGUUUAAUUAUAUAUAUAUAUAUAUAUAUUUUUU